UGGGCCAGGCCUUUGCCCAACACCUGCAGACCUAAGGCGCUGAGAGACAAGCGUCCUACCUCGCACUCCCCUCCACCCCCAGAAGGAGGCUCUGGAAAGGACUGGGAGGAUGGAAGCCAUCCCUGCCUCAGUCCCACAGGGCUGCAGGCCACACACAGAGAGAGAAGCAGAGGGGAAAACUUCAGACUUCCAAGAGAUCCAGUUGCAGGAGACAUCUGCUCUGUGACAUUUAGUACAGGCCAAAGAGAAAUCCAGGAACCACGGACUUCCACCUCUUGCCUUCCUCCCGAGGACUCUGUGACACCAUGGUGGUGCAGGACAACACGGACGUAAGGGACACUGGGGUGGGUGUACGGCUGGAGCCCUUCCUGCACCAGGUCGGGGGCCACCUGAGCAUGAUGCAGUAUGAUGCACACACUGUGUGCAAGCCCCUCAUCUCUCAGGAACAACAGUUCUACGAAUCCUUGCCACUGGCCAUGAGGUGCUUCACCCCGCAGUAUAAAGGUACCAUCACAGUGCGCCUCCAGAGAGACAGCAGGGGCCACCUCAGCCUGGUUGCCCACCCGCUGAAGGAGAACCAGGAGUCCUUCCCAGUUUCCUCAGAAUCGGCUGCGGUGGCCAUGUGGCAGACACUCCAACAGACCACUGGUAGCAGUGGCGGCCCACGUCCCCUGGUCCAACUGGCCCAUUCAUUCAAGGAGAGCACAGCCAAGGUGCUCCUGAGGUCCAACUUCCCCCUCAGCACCCAAGUGGAAGGCGCUAAUGGUAACCAGGUGGAGAGGAGGAACUUCAACCCCUGGGGCCUGCACUGCCACCAGGCCCACCUGACCCGCCUGUGCUCUGAGUGCCCUGAGGACAAGCGGUGCCGGUUCCUGCUGCUAGAAAAUGUGGUGUCACAGUACACUCAGCCCUGCAUUCUGGAUCUGAAGAUGGGGACCCAGCAGCACGGGGAUGAUGCAUCUGAGGAGAAGAAGGCCCGUCACAUGAAGAAGUGUGCGCAGAGCACCUCAGCCUGCCUGGGCGUGCGUGUCUGCGGCAUGCAGGUUUAUCAAACGGAUAAGAAGCGUUUUCUCUGCAAGGACAAAUACUAUGGAAGGAAGCUCUCAGUGCAGGGCUUCAGACAAGCCCUUUCCCAGUUCCUGCAUGAUGGAACCCGACUGCGCAGGGAGCUCCUGGGGCCCAUCCUGUGCCGGCUUCAGGAGCUCCUCACUGUCAUCCGGAGCCAGAGCUCCUACCGUUUCUACUCCAGCUCCCUCCUCAUCAUUUACGAUGGGCAGGAGCCUCCAGAAAGAACCCCUCAGGAGGCCUACAGCAGCACUCUGGGUAACCCCUCCAAAGUCGACAUCCGUAUGAUUGACUUCGCUCACACAACAUACAAGGGCUCCUGGAACAAACAUACCACGUAUGAGGGACCAGAUUCUGGCUAUAUUUUUGGCCUGGAAAACCUUAUUGGGAUCCUGCGGGAUAUCCAAGAGGGAGAAUGAAAUUUCUUAGAACUCUCUGUAAUUUUCUGGGCUACAGAUUUUGCAAAGGGACCCAAGCUAUGGUCGGCUAGAUCUGCCCCCCGCCCCCGCCCAGAAAGGUCUUGUAAUAAUCAUAUCUACCUUCAAAAGCCAUCUAUCUCUACGCAUGGCAGAUGAUAGUGACAGCUGCUACAGAGAUCUGUUCUGCAGGCAGCCCCCUCCCCCGGCCUCUUCUGCAGUGUGGGCCUCAUCUCGGAGCAGACAGUGGCAGCACUGUGGAAGUCACCGGAGGGUGCAGCCUGGGUCAGAGGCCAGCACUGCAAUGCUGCAGGGUAUCUGCAUCCCUGAAUGUUUUCUUAUCAUAUCUUAGUUCUCCAAAGCCAUGAGAGGGGAAAAAAAUCUCUCCUGGAAGAAACCUUGAAGAAUGGGUUGCCACAUGCUGUGUGGAUCGGCCACUCCAUGGACAGAGUUACUGAAUGCCUCUUGCCUUCUAUGACAAGUAGACAGGGGCAGGAGGAGGUGAACACGUUUGUCUAUCCCACCUGCUUUGUACCCGGGUUCGUAGUGGACAAGAGCAUCCUGCUGGAGGCUGUAGCUCAGUGGAUGUGUGAGGCCCUGGGUUCAGUCUCCAGGACUGCAGAUUAAGAAUAACAGCAAUAGGCUAGGCAUGGUGGCAUACGCCUUUAAUCCCAGCACUCAGGAGGCAGAGGCAGG